AUGCAGAACGUCGAUCAUUGGUAUGAGGUGGUGGCGGCGACGAAGCUGUAUAUCGUUUCUCAUCGCAUGUCUCACCACGCUCGCCGCAUAUCUGACGAGACCUACGAAGUUUACGACCCCUCCACUGUAACGACCCCCCAACGGCACCGCCAGCAGCCGGCUGCUUUUGAUCCUGCCCCGUCCCCUGCCCUCGCUUCUCACCCCAGCAAUCGAUCCCUCCGGAGAACCUCCCGUCUCCCCCUCCGUCCCCCGACCGUCGAUGUUUCGGGCCGUCCGCGCGUAGAGCAGACUAUCCCCGUCUUAGUCCAUCCCAUCCGUCCCGCCUCGAAUCGCACCAGUGGCAUUGCUGCUCUCCGUCCGGCCUUAUCGGAGCCGCACACCGAAGACGACGAGGACCCUGACUCGUAUCAUCCCCCCCCGGGUCAGUCCUACUGGCCCCGUCAUUCCAACCGGGUCUCGCCGCACACCGCCUCGGCCAUCCUCUGGACACUCGAAGAGGCCACUCGCAAACCAUUCCCCUUCACCACCGACUGGGAGGAGGUGAAUUCGUCUAUGGCGGACUUGAUGAGCCCCACCAGUGCCCCCGGGUAUGGAAGCACCGGUCGUACGCAGAAUGGCGCCGCCCGCGCCGCCCCGGGCCCCGUUCCCGUGAACCCGCAUCCCCCUAGCGGUGUGCGGACGCCCACCGAUAUCAUGAGACAGCGUCGCGACCGAGAGGCACGCCGGAAGGCUGAACAAGAUGCACGUGACCAGGAGCAGGGGGCGGGGGAGCGCCGGCCGCAGGACCCCCAGGAUCCGGCCCCAACCCGCGCCCCGUACCCUGCUGGCGUUGCGGGGGAGCGCCCCCAGCGUCGAGGGUCCCGCGCGGAUCCUCAGCCCGAGUAUCGGGCGACCGCCCCUGACACCGCGCCUCCUGGGAUCCCCGUGGCGCCGCGACGAUCGGCGCCGCCCCUACAGCCCCCGAUGGCGGCCUCCAACCGACCGCCCACCGCGACCGGCCCACCUGCUUCUGCUGCGGUUCCGACGGACCCCGCGGCCCCCCAUGCCGCGGCAGCGCCCAAGCAACCCGCACCAGCGACGCCCACGGCGGCUGCGGGCCAACCGCAACAACCGCGGCGCGUGGCCUUCCCCCACGCGUUCGAACGAUGGGAAACGCUGUCGUCGCACUGGGAGGGACUGACCAGCUACUGGAUCCGCAAGCUGGAGCAGAACAAUGAGGCCAUGGAACGGGACCCUAUCAGCCAGCAGAUGGCCCGCCAAGUGACCGAUCUGUCGGCCGCAGGCGCCAAUCUGUUCCACGCCGUGGUGGAGCUGCAGCGUCUCCGGGCAUCCUCCGAGCGCAAAUUCCAACGGUGGUUCUUCGAGACCCGCGCGGAACAAGAGCGGUCCAAAGAAGUGCAGGCCGAACUCGACCGACAGCUUCGCGCCGAGCGCCAGGCGCGGGCCGAGUCGCUGGCCACGUUCCAGAAGACCGAAAGCGACCGGGCUCGCAUGGAAGGCCUGCUCAAGGAGAUGCGUCGCGAAUUGCAGAUCUCCAAGGAGGAAGCGCGUCGCGCCUGGGAGGAACUCGGUCGUCGCGAACAAGAAGAGCGCGAUCGGACCACCUCGCUGCGAAAUGGCGAGCCCACCAUCGUCGGCGGUGUCCAAGUGGUGCCCAUGAUCCAAGGUCUCUCGGGGCGAUCCAACCCGUCGAACCGACCGCCCACCCACGAAGCCCCCUACGACGAGGCGGAGAAACGUGCCGACUCGCCCGAAGGUGGCUACUACGAAGAAACCCCCGUCUCGCCCACAGUGACAGAUCCAUUCACUGAAGGCCAGCGCGCUUACCAAGACACUGACCCCCAGCGGUUCGGGACGCAGCCACCCCCCGCGACAACCGCCGAAACGACCUCCUACUACAGCCAGACGGCGUACGCCCCGCGGCCGACGUCCGGCAACGACGAAGCCAGCAGCGAGCCCGGCGAGGACGAGUACGAUGGCUACCGCCGAGAUCCAGCCGGCGCCCCGAUCGUCUACCCGCCCGCCAUGUCAGAGGAGAGUGACGAGUUCGAGCAGGGCUCGGCGGGCAGCGACCACGGAUAUCCCCCGGGUACCGCGCCUACGACGUCGGCGCCUCUGUAUGCCGGAUACCCGCCGACGACGGUCGAUUACACGGGGUCUUCAUGGGGCGAGGAACAUGAACAGGGGUGGGAGGCGAUGACUCCGCGCCAUCGCCAUCCUACGCGUCUUAGUGAUGUUCUAGAAGAGGAGGAGCCCCGGACGACGCCCAGUCGAGCCAGCGUGGCUAGUCGGAGUGUACAGUGA